CAGGGUCAGUGUUAAUGCUUCAAUUCGAUUAAACGGUCUUGUUUGAUCGUAACGGUGAUCGUGGUUUUAUAUUUUAGUCAGGYUCUUACGUAUUUUUGAUGUCAUGGAGCCUGYAGUGCGUUUAUUCAUGAYCGGAAAYACGUCACUUUGUUCUCAGAGACGGGCCGCUGGGAAGAUUGUACAAGCUGUCUGUCUGAAAGCUGUAAUCAGAUAAAAAGCCUUGAUCACGUACUGGAGUUGUUCUAUAGCAUUCUAAUUUUGCCAUGAAGGGCUGUCUGAGAGCAAAAGAUGGAACAGCAUUACAUCAGCUGAGAAAUACAGUUACGACUGUUGGCAGGGAAGGAUGCGACCUUAUUCUUCCGUAUUCUACAAUAGAGAAGCAACAUGCUGUUAUUGAUUUUGAUGUCUCACAAGGAUGCUUCAUUUUACAAGAUUUGAACUCAGCUAAUGGAACAUAUGUCAACGAGCAUCGAGUACAGAACUCUGCCGUCAGACUGGCACCUGGUGAUAUUGUACGAUUUGGAUUUGGUAAUCCAGGAUAUGAGUUUGGUAUUGAUCAAAUCCCUAAUCUAAUAUACCAAUCUACCAAUCCACCAAGACCACAGUGGUUAAACGGACUAUCGACAUCACAGUAUUCAUCGUCGGUAUCUCUACCAUACAUCACAACUGGACUGUCAUCUAUUGUAGACUCAUUACCAGGUUAUCAGGGAUCCCAGUCUCUCACUUCUCUACCAGGAACAGGUGGACUGGUAACAAAUGAUUCAAGAGCUGCUGAUUCAUGGGGUGGUGGGGUUAUGCCACACCCUCCCUUGAGGUCACGACCAGCGAGUGCAGGGACUGUUAAGCCAAGACCAGUAUCUGUAGGAAGAGAAAGGCCACAAGUAUUGAAUAGAGGUGGAUGGGUAGAGAAUGGAGUUUCAUCUCCAAAUACAUCAAGUCAACACAGUGUGGAAGAACUGGAGGAACGCUUGUUACGCAUGGGAGAUGAGCUUAGUAGACUAGCAUCUUAUGAGGCUGAGUGUCAUCGUAAAGAUGGAAUCAUUAACACUCUAAGAGAUGAAGUAGCUGACCUCAAGUCUAAACUGAAUGGUCAGAACUUUGGAUUCAGGUGAGGAGAUAUUAGGCCAAAAUGACUCACAAAUUC